AUGAAAGCUGUACAAAAAGUUGAUAUUAAUUUAUUAAAAUCUAUGCCUCUUCCUAAUUGGGAUGAUGAUACAAGUAAAGCUAGUCGUGGAAAAUUAUUGAUUAUUGGUGGAAGUCGACGUUUACCUGGAGCCAUUAUUCUUGCUGCACGAGCAGCAUUACGUAUCGGUUGUGGAACAGUUCGUGCAGCUGUACCUGAAAGUAUUGCUGUACCAAUGGGUGUUGCUGUUCCCGAAUUAAUGAUAAUUCCUUUACCAGAAACAUCUCAUGGUACAAUAGCGGCUAGUGCUGCUUCUAAACUACUCAAAGAACAAAUGAAAGCCUGCGUAGCUGUUGUAUUAGGACCUGGUAUUGAUGAAGAUAAGGAAACUGAAAAGGCUAUCCAUGAACUUCUUGCCAAAACACCAUUACCAAUGGUAGUUGAUGCACAGGCUUUAUUUGCUUAUGAUGUAAAACAAAAACCAAUAGCUCCUCGAAUUUUAACACCCCAUGAAGAUGAAUUUAAAGCAUUAACAAAUGGUAAAGAAGUCGAUAUGACAGCACCUGAAUCAGAUGCUAAUGAAUUUGCUCAACAAUCAAAUGCAAUACUUGUACUCAAAGGUCAAAAUACUUUUAUUGCUACACCAGAAGGUUCAAUAUUCAAGAAUGAAGCUGGUAGUCGAGCAUUAGGUACUGCGGGAAGUGGUGAUACUUUAGCGGGUAUUAUUGGUGGACUUUUAGCACAAGGUAUGCAACCUACUGCAGCUGCUGUAUGGGGUGUUUAUUUUCAUGCCGUUGCUGGCGAAACUGUUUCAGAAGAGGUUGGUCACGAUGGUGCUAUGGCAUCAGAUUUUAUUGAUCGUCUUCCUACAAUUCAAAGACGUCUACGUCAAGAAACAGGCAACUCAGAUGACAAAUAG